GAAGUAUCAUUAUCGGAAUAAACAUCUGGGAGAAAAAUCUCACAUAUGCCAAAUAUGCGAGAAAGCUUUCUUUCGUAAAGCAGACUUACGUAUGCAUUUGAAUAUUCAUCUAGGUACGAAUUUUUAUAUCUGUGAAGUCUGUGGAAGAAAAUUCAAUCAUAUAUCGAAUCUUAUAAGGCACUGUAGAAUACACACAGGAAUUAAGCCAUAUGUAUGUCCAAUUUGUGAUAAACGUUUCACGCAAAUUUCUUCAUUAGCAAAACACAAACAAAUACAUACACCAAAGGACUUUACACAGCAGUAUUGUAAUCCUAGUCUUAUCAAUGACAAAUUACAAGCCAAGGAUUGUGCAUUGAAUAAGAAUGAGAUAAUAAAUAAUGACAUAAAAAAUAAAAAUGACGAAAAACUUUGUACAGAGCAAAAAUGUGUUGAUCAAAAUACUGCUAGAGUUUCAGAUAUACAACCAAAUAAGAUAAUUUUUGAUAAACAAACUGAUAUGGAUGAUAAAGUAUGUUUACCCUUGGAGACUGUAGUUCAUGUUGGAUCUAAGCAAGACCAUUUUACUGAGAUUGAAGAAAGAUUUAAAUCCAUUAAUUUAUCUAUGAAUAAAACUACUGUUUCAAAUUUUCCUCUAGAUAAAACAUAUAAUGAACAGAUACAAUCCAAAGACUUGAUUUAUCAAUUUUCUAAAAACUUUUCGACACUUUUAUCUCGAGAUGGAGAAUCAAAUGCUGAAUCAAACAUUCAUAACAAUGAAGAUAUUUCGAGAUUAAAUGAUUCAGAGACAUAUGCAGUCCAAGAAACAUGUAAAGAGACUUCCAUAAACAAUGUAAAAAAUUUAUCAAAUGAGGAAACAAAUUUGCAAAUCUGUUCACAAAAUUUUGAUGAAAUUUUAACAAACAAAAAAUUUCUGUCCAAACAAAUAUGCAAAGAAAUCAGUGAAAAUAGAAAAGAUAAUAAAUUAUUAAAUAAUGAUAACCAAUUAUAUUUCUCUGAUUUAGAAAUGUUGAAAUCAAAUGAAUCGCGGUAUUGCCAUAACACAGAUUUUGUUAAUGUAAAUGUUAGUCAUACAGUGAAAUCUCAACAUUCUGAAAGCAUUGCUGCUACUGAUGCAUUAUAUACUUCUAUUGCUAAUGAAGAUCAAGACAAUUUGUUGCAGCACAAUGAGGAUAUUCUCAAUAACUCAAAUAAUGCAGCAUUAACUAAUGAAGAGCCAAUGUUGCGUUUAGUACAAACAGAGACUGGUGAGCAAUUUUAUGAAUAUAUAAUAAAUAAUUUAGAAAAAGUGCAAAAUGUUUCAUGCAGAAAGAAUUUGGAGAAUGCAACAGAAGAAGCCGCAAAUGUUCUUGGAGAUUGUGAAAAAAUAAACUCAAAUUUUAAAGAAAAUAAUAAGAAGAACGAUCAUAUGGAACAUCAAAAUUUAGAAGCUCUUACUAUAAAUAACGAAUUUAAUUAUGCACAGCUUGAAUCUCAUGGGGAGGAAAAAAAUUCUGUGUUAUGUCAUGGUGAACAUUUUCAAAAUUCACAAGUCUACAAUUUUGAAAAUUUGGAAUUAUUGGAAUCGCAUACGGAUUUUGACAAAUAUGUCGAAACGAACUUUGAAGCGUUGGAAAGAUUGAAUUAUGAAAAUUAUGAAAAAUUUUUAGAAUUGGAGGCAUCGAGAAUUACCGAUAUCGGUGUAGAAUUUUACAAAGAACCUUCGAUACGUUUAGUCCAAAAUGAUGGUGAACAAUUAUUGGAACUAUUACAAGAUUCCCAAAUUAUCGAACAAGAAAAUCAAAAUUUCAUACAAAUUAAUAAUCUUAACAAAGACUGUUUAAACGUUUUGCAAGAUAGUAAUAAAAUAACUGAUUGUUCCAAAAGUAAGUCAGACUUUUUCACAUAUGUCGAAAAUAAUCUGUCAUUGGAAGAAAAUGUUAACACUCAAGCUGUGGAAGAUAAUGAAAAGUAUGUAAACAGUGGUAUACAACAGUUGUAUAGAGACAAAAUUACCAAUGAAAGUGUAAAUAAUGAGAAUUGUGUCGGGACGUCAGAAAAACCGAAAAAGAAAAUCACUUCAAAGAGGUUUUGUUGCUCCGUAUGCAACAAAACAUUUUCAACAGCCUACAAUUAUAGCCAGCACAUAGGUAUACAUUUUACGGAUCAACAAAAAUUUCAUUGUAAGGAUUGUGGAAUAUCAUUUGCAUGGAAAUCUACUCUGAACAAGCAUAUUUUGAACAAUCAUAGCUCGGAUGGGCCGCAAAAAUUCAUUUGUGAGAUUUGCCCAAAAGUCUAUAGCACCUUGUCACAAGUAAAUGAACAUGUGAAGAGGGAUCAUUUAAAGGAGCGCAAUCAUGUUUGCCAAACCUGUGGCAAGACUUUCUUCAAGAGAUUUGACUUGAAGAUUCAUAGUAGAACACAUACGGACGAACGUCCGUACGUAUGUAACGUCUGCAACAAAGGAUUUCACCAUCAGAGCCAUUUUAUUCGUCACAUGCGCAUACAUAUGGGUGUUAAACCGUACGCUUGCAAUUAUUGUCCAAAGAGAUUCACACAACUCAGUGCGUUCAAACAGCACUAUCAAAAGCAUCCAGUACAUGUGGAUUUCACAGAUUAUCAAAUCGAUCGUGAAAAGGAUGCUCGCACUGGCUACAAACUUGUGAAAUAAAAUCAAGCGGAUUAUGCGAAAUAAAUCAUACAUCUUAUUUAGCUGUAAUACCAGCAAUAACGUAAUACAUGCAAUUUCUAUUUUA